AUGAGCACCAAAAUAGACAACGUUCACAUUUCCAUCAGAAAUGAAACUUCUCCUACUCCUAGCCACACAAAGCAAAAGAAAGCUUGUUUCUUUUCAACUCUGUUUUCUCCUAUACUACCCACAAUAUGUGAACAUGACAUAAAAAAACUCAUUCACAGCUUCAAGGUUGGAUUUGCCUUGUUCUUGGUUUCACUUCUGUAUAUCCUUGAUCCACUAUUUGAGCAAGUUGGGGAAAAUGCAAUGUGGGCUAUCAUGACUAUUGAGGUUAUCUUUGACUUCUUUGGAGGUGCCACAUUAAGCAAAGGGUUACUUCGUGGAAUUGGAACUCUACUUGGUGGUGGACUCGGGUGUUUGGCAUCAACUUUGGCAAGUGAUCUGGGAAAGAUAGAAUACACUAUAGUUGUUGGCACUUUAAUAUUUGUUUUUGGUGCCAUGGCAACAUACUGUCGACUUAUUCCAAGCAUAAACAAAAGAUAUGAUUAUGGGGUUACAAUCUUUAUCCUUACCUUUAACCUUGUAGCAGCAUCAAGCUUGCAUGGUGAUCAUCAAGUCAUGGAAUUAGCCCACCAUCGUCUUUCAGCAGUUGCCAUGGGUUUUUCUGUCUGUAUAUUCAUCAGCUUACUUGUAUUUCCCAUGUGGGCUACUGAUGAACUUCAUCAACUCACCUCCUCCAAGUUUAAACAACUAGCUUCCUGCAUUGAAGAAUGCAUGGAAGCAUUCUUGGUAGUUGGUGAAAAGGAAAGUCGCCCAAUCAUUCAUGUCAGCAGUUGCAACUCAGUUUUGCACUCAAACUCAAGUGAUGAAUCACUGGUGAAUUUUGCAAGGUGGGAACCUACACAUGGAAGAUUUUGGUUUUGUAAUCCUUGGGAGAAACAUCAACAGAUAACAGAAUUGCUGAUGGAGUUUGCUUCUAACAUUCUGUCACUUCAAGGGUGUCUUAAAUCAGCAUUACAGCCCUCAUCAAUGCUGCUAGAAGUAAUCAAAGAGCCAUGCAAAAAUGUUGGGCUGUUGCUUGGACUUACCAUGCGAGAGCUAGGGGAAAACAUCAUGAACAAGAAAAGGAGCAAUUUAGAGGUCGUAAUAAUGCCAGAAUUGCAAUCCAUUAAACUAGAGUUGAUCCUGCUUUCUACUUCAAAGCUAGGAGCAAUUGAAAAUGUUGAAGAUCUUGCGAUAGCAAAUUUCUUGUUUCUGGUAAUGGAGAUGAUCGAUAAAGUGGAACUCCUAGCUAAAGAAGUCGAAGCACUUGGAAAGUGGUUGUGUAUCAGGAGGAUUCCAAAUUUCCAAUUAGAAGAGGCGUUCCAUAGUGCAGGUAUCAAAAUGAAGGAAUGGAUUGAAGAAUGGUUUGAAGACAUGAUAUGA